AUGAGCAGCGAACCAAAAGGCAGCACGCCAGGAUCACUUAGCCCACACAACAACUUGACCAGAGUCAACACUUAUCCUCACGCCGAAUUUACCAUCCCGCCAUCGGACACACUGUCACCAUGCCCAAGUGCCCAAACUCACAACGCCGAUGCCCCGGCAUCGGCCAACUCCAAGGAGAAUCGCCCAAGCAACACUGCAACUGGAGAUGAAAAAGCUCACCGACCUCUUGAUGAGGAAUCUCGAUCAACGUCUAUUGCCAAUGACGAAGUAACCUAUCCGGAAGGUGGCCUAGGCGCCUGGUCUGUCGUUCUAGGGUCGUUCCUUGGACUCAUCGCAUCAUUGGGUAUGAUGAACACAGUCGGUAUCUACCAUGCCUACAUCGCCGAGCACUACCUUGCAGACUACACCGAGUCGACCAUCUCAUGGAUCUUCAGCAUGUACGUCUUCUUGUCGUUCUUCUGCGGACUCCAGAUCGGACCCAUAUUCGAUGCGCACGGCCCCAAGCUGUUGGUGCUGGCAGGUAGCAUCCUGCUGUGCUUGUCAAACUUCCUGCUCGGGAUUUGCACACUGUACUGGCACUUCUUUCUCGUCUUCGGCGUGCUUGGGGGUCUCGGUACAUCGUUGAUCUUCACGCCUGCGUUCGCCGCAGUGAGCCACUUCUUCCUGCAAAAGCGAGGCAACGCAACGGGUAUCGCCGCAGCUGGAGGAUCGCUGGGUGGUGUCAUAUUCCCGCUGGCGCUGGAGAAGCUACUACCUAGAGUGGGGUUCCCAUGGGCGACUCGCAUCAUCGGCUUCAUCACGCUCUUCUGCUGUAUUGGUGCCUGCUUCCUGAUCCGCUCCCGCCUACCACCCAAAGCUGGACAAUCAGUAUGGCCCGAUUUCCGGAUUUUCCGGCACAAGAGCUACUUCCUGCUCACAGUCGGCAUCUUCAUGAUGGAGUGGGCACUCUUCAUCCCGAUCACGUACCUUACCACUUUUGCGGUCAGUACCGGCGCUUUCAGCCCGUCAUUCUCGUACCAACUCAUCGCAAUUUUCAACGCGGGAAGUUGUCUCGGUCGCUGGGUUCCAGGCUUCCUAGCCGAUAAGCUCGGGCGCUUCAACAGCAUGAUUGCGGCACUCGCCAUUUGCUCAGCUACAUCGCUAGUCUUCUGGCUGCCCGCAUCGCUACUCACCCCUACCUCCGCGGCCGAAGCUACGGCUAUCAAAGCACUCUCCAUUGUCUACGCGGUCUUGUUUGGUUUCGCAUCUGGCUCCAAUAUCUCAUUGACACCAGUCUGCGUCGGCCAGCUUUGCGAUACGAAUGUUUACGGCAGGUACUACGCUACCUGUUACACCGUGGUCAGCUUCAGCACGCUUACGGGUAUUCCUAUUGCGGGUGCGAUCAUCCAGGCUACUGGUGGACACUACUGGGGAGUGGUCAUCUGGACCGCAGCUUGCUACAUCGUGGCGUCACUUUGCUUUGUGUGGAGUCGCGCACUCCAAGUUGGCUGGAAGUUGGGUGUGAAGUUCUAA